CAUUGGUUAUUGUUUCAUUGUUGCUGUAUCAUAUUCUUAUAAUUUGUGAUGCAGGAGCUCAAUCAAAAACAUCUGGAAACACUGCCUUCGGGAUAUCAGCUUCUGGGGGCCAACGUUGGGGAAGUAGAGUUCCUCCUUACACACCAACUGAACCAGAUGACUGUGUUGGUCUAGAAACUAAGGGAGACCUCCAGUCAAUAUCGGCGAUGCCGAUUUAUGGAGACAAAACUCACGAGGAACUGAGAUGGCAGGAUUAUCAAUUGGGGGAUAGAGGUGGACCUGUUCCUGCUGGAGGGAGUUGUUUUCCCUUGUCGACCUCAAACAUUUUGAAUCCUGCACCAACAUUUGCUCAAACAUCUUCAAGUCUUUUUAACACCUCAACUCCGUCGAAUAUAUUUGCUCCAGAAAUUCCAUCCUUUAGUUUUACAGGCUCUAGGACCUCAUCUAUACCAUUCACUUCAUCAACUUUUCCUCUCUCAACUUCAUCCAGUCUUUUCACAACUUCAUCAUCAUCUCCUUCAGUAUUCAGACAAGCUUCAUCUCCAUCUCUUUUUAGUUCAUCAGCCCCAUCUAAGGCAUUUCCUGCUCCAGCUCCAAGAACAGAUUCGACAUCUAAUUCUGGCCUGUUCAAUUCUCCAUUUGGAGUUCAAUCAACAACAUGUGGAAACACUGCCUGUGGGAUAUCAGCUUCUGGGGGCCAAUUUGGGGGAAGUAGAGUGGCGCCUUACACUAAAACAGCUGGACCAGAUGGUGGUUCAUUAAGUGGGUUAUACCAAUCAAUAUGCGGGAUGCGGAUUUAUGGAGAGAAAAGUCAUGAGGAACUGAGAUGGCAGGAUUAUCAACUGGGGGAUAGAGGUGGACGGGCUCUUGUUGGUGGGAACUUCUUUGACUUGUCUACCACCCAGUCAAACGUUUUGAAUCCUGCUCCAGCAUUUGUUCAAACAUCUUCGAGUCGUUUGAAUACCUCAACUCUACCUAAUAUAUUUGCUCCACAAAUUCCAGCCUUUACUCCUACACCCUUUGGAGCCUCAUUUACACCAUUGAUUUCACCCAAUCUUUUUAUACCUUCAGCAUCAUCUUUUUAUGUACCUGGACAAAUUUCAUCUCCGUCUCUUUUUAGUUCAUCAGCCACGCCCACAUCUACGGUUGCAUUUCCUGCUCCAGCUCCAACAACUUCCACAUUUAAUUCCAGCCCAAUCAAUCCUUUAUCUUCUAUUGCACGAACAGGUGGUACUGCUGGACUAACUACCACUUCCUCUGGUGGGCUGUUUACAAUUCCCUCUGGUAAUACACAUAUAUCCCAUGAAGAGAGGUUUCCAUUAGAGGAAAAAAGGAGAUUGAGGAUUAAGAUUGCAAGGUCUAAUCGUGAGAAAAAUGGUCAAAAUGUGAGAAUGAUGCCAUCUGUACCCUUCUUCUUCUGUCCUUUCGUGGCCAUAGGCGGCGCACAGGCAAAACUAGUAGAUGCUAUGGACGUCCUACAAGGAGCAUUGCUUUAGGUGUUUUUUUUUUUUGUCGGUCAGAAGCAUUGCUUUCGGUGUUUAGUUCAAUCGAAUAGGAUUUUUGAUGUAACUAGUUAAGCUGUAGUUGGCAUUUUCAGGACAAAUUUAUGUGCAGAAUGGUCAUUGACUUGGCAAAUUUAUAAAUUUUCUUUUUUGGAUCAA